AUGGCCUGGGUGCCCUUGAGCUCCAGCAUGCAACAGGCGGAACCCUGGAAGCCCCUGCCACAGGGAGAGCCGCUGGGAGCCGCACCGCGGCGGCUCCACCCGCAGGUGAUGAAGCGUCGGGAGCCCUCCGGGGAGCCGACGGCGAUUUUGCCCGGCACGCCGGACGAGCGGCCGCACAAGAAGGGCGAGGACGAUGAUUCCGAUUCCGAUAGUGGAAGCGCCCAGGCAGGUGAAGAACAGUUCGAGCUCUUGGAGUUGUGGCGAGCCUCUCAGAAACAGGCUAAGAAGAUGAAGAGAGGCAGUCAGGCUGAAACCGAAAGUUCCAUGCCCUUCCGGGAAGAGGAGGACGAAUACGAAGAACCUGUGGCGCACGGCUGGAUCUUAAACCCCGACUCCAACGCCCGGAUCUCCUGGGACCUGGGAAGUUUGGUGAUGGUCCUGUAUGACAUGGUGAUGAUCCCCAUGCAGGCCUACACGUUGCCGGAGAACAUUUUUUUGGACUUCAUGGAAUGGACCACCAGGCUCUUCUGGACCUUGGAUAUAUUAUGGUCUUGCUUUACUGGAGUGGUCAUGGCUGAUGGUUCAGUCGAGUAUGACAUUAAGAUCAUCUUGAAGCGCUACGCUAAGACGUGGCUUACCAUGGACCUGAUCAUUGUGUUGUCCGACUCUUGGAGGCUUAGCACUCCGGGGGGGGCCGAAGCGAUGGUGGCAUAUGGUGGCAUAAGCGUGGCCAUGCUCAGCUUCGCGCGCACCACGCGCAUCGUCCGCAUCGUCCGCUUGCUGCGGCUGGUGCGGAUGCAAGAGAUCAUGGCGAAUGAACGGAUUCAAUCAGAGACGCUGGGACCACUCUUGCAAGUGAGUAAGGUGCUCAUCAUCCUGUUGACCAUCAGCCACUUCACCGGUUGCCUUUGGUUCGCCAUCGGCGCCCGCGAGACCACGGAGGACACCUGGGUGAAGAGCCUGGGCUACAACAACGACACCGUGGACUCGCAAUACCUGGCGUCCCUGCACUGGGCAAUUGCACAGUUCAGCGGCGGUAUGGAUGAGAUCUCGCCGGCGUCGCCCUUGGAACGGCUUUUUGCCGUGGCGGUGCAGACCACGAUCUUCGUCAUCGCGCUGGUGAUGCUGGGCGUCUUCACAAGUGGUUUGACCCAGCAGUACAUCAUCGGCGGUUCCGGCGCCAGGCAGCUGGCGACCUUGAAGCGAUACUUGAAGCAGAACAACGUCUCAAAGGCGACCACCAAGCGCGUGUGCCGCAACGCCAAGCACGCCAUCAGCGGGGAUUUGACACCUGAGUCUGUGGAGCUUCUGCACGUGAUUUCGGAGCCGCUCAAGGUGGAGCUCUCCUUCGACAUGUACUCUCAAGUUCUGAUGUGGCACCCUUUCUUCCUGGAACUUCUGCAGGAGAACUCCCCCUUGAUGCGCCCCAUUUGUCACCGGGCGAUGUCGAUGUUGUUGCUCUCCAGCACGGACAUCAUCUUCAACCUGGGCGAGGACGGCAGGUCGUUGAGUUUGACCGGCAGGUAG